AUGUCUUUCCUCGGCCUUGAAGGACUCCAUGCUUUUGUCACUGGAGCUGCUGGUGGGAUUGGGAGCCAGGCAGUGAGAGAGUUCCUUGAUCAGGGCUGCAAAGUAACAGCCCACGACCUCCGACCCAUCACCAACCUCCCCACUUCACCAAAUCUCUUUAUAGUUAUAGGAGAUAUAUCCUCAGAAGAUUCCACCAAGUCUUGCAUUCAGCAAGCCAGACAACAUCAUGGUCCAAUCAACAUCCUUGUUGCCAACGCCGGGAUCACUGACGAGUCAAACUCCUACCCGAUCUGGAAGAUUCCCCUGGAACUUUGGGAAAAGACCUACAAUACUAACAUCCGAGGUACCUUCCUAACAAUAAAGCACUUCUUACUCAGUGCGGAAGAAGUCCAAAUCUCAACCGGCAAAGAACUUGAAAACCUAGCGAUCGUCGUGACGGGAUCAGAGACCGGCAAAUUCGGCCAAGCUGGACAUACGGAAUACGCAUCUGGUAAAGCAGGCCUCCAAUAUGGUCUUGUCCGAGGAGUGAAGAAUGAAAUCGUUCGUUUGAACAGUAAAGCGAGGAUAAAUGCGGUUGCGCCAGGCUGGGUCGACACCCCUCUCAUCGAGGGACGACUUGACGAGCCAGAUGAGUUGUGGACUGAAGCCCAAGCAACAGUCCCGCUUCGCAAGAUUGCAAAGCCAGAGGACGUAGCUCGAGCGAUGGUGUUUCUAGCAAGCCACCGAGCUGCUGGACACAUCUCUGGCGAGUGCCUGGGUGUAGACGGAGGCAUGGAAGGGCGAGUGGUGUGGAAGAAGGAGGAGGUCAUGUCUGGCACCCAGUCUACCAUCACAUCACGCAUGAUGGAGAAAGCACAGUCCAUCAUCCAGCCCUCACUCUCCCCACCACCAACUCGAAAGAUCAAAAUCCUGCUUAGCAUCGACUUCGACGCCGUGUCCGGAUUUCUCGGCACAGGUGCGACCGCAAAUAACAAUAUGGCCGACUACUCCUCAGGAUAUUUUGCCGGUCAAGUCGGUGUCCCACGUCUUUUGAAGCUCUUCAAGAAACAUAAGAUCUCCUCGAACGUCACUUGGUUCAUCCCCGGGCACUCGAUGGAAACUUUCCCCACUCAAACCAAAAUGAUCCUCGAAAGUGGUGCGGAAAUAGGCUGCCACGGCUAUGCGCACGAAGGCGGUGCUCAAAUGACAGAGUCCCAAGAAAAGGAAGUGAUAGCAAAGUGCGUGGAGCUUGCUACUUCUCUCACUGGCUCAAAGCCAAGAGGAUGGCGAGCACCACUUUAUCAGAUACGAGAACAUACCGUUAAGGUGCUGGAAGAACAUGGGUUUCUCUAUGAUACCUCCCUAACUCACCACGACUCGGAGCCAUAUUUCCUCCCUUCAACACCACCUAUCAAACCAAUAAACUUCUCCCCCGAAGUCUCAGCAACAUCCUGGAUGAAACCUCUUCCUGUGCCUUCAUCACCAACAGGAAAGACACUCGUAGAACUACCAUGUAACUGGUACAUGGAAGACAUGACACCAAUGCAAUUCCUCCCCGCAGCCCCCAAUUCCCACGGCUACGUGCCCACAUCGUCAAUCCUCUCAAUGUGGAAAUCACGCUUCAACUUUCUCUACCAUGAACACGAUGCCGCGGAGCUUAAAGUUGGGAAAGGGAAUUUCAUCUUCCCGCUCGUGCUGCACCCAGAUACGUCGGGUAUGGCGCAUGUGAUUGGGAUGAUUGAUGAAAUGAUUGAGUGGUUGAAGGGAUGGGGAGGAGAGGUGGAGUUUAGUAGGUAUGAAGAUGUUGCUAGGGAGUGGAGAGAGGGGCAGAAGCUUUGAGAACUGAGAAUGUCCCAGGCUUAGUGGGACAAUGGAAGAGCAAGAGAUUGAUAAUGCUCCUGACAUUGCUUGCUGGACUAGCC